AACAGUGAAAAAGAAAGAACUGAAGUGAGUGUUUGUUUUCCCAUGAAGAGUGAAGCGAGAUGACAGAACCAGAAUUGUGUUCCUUCGUUUAACGUAGUGGAUUGUUGCCGUUCCCUUUCUCUACGUCGUUUUGGAUCGUUCAUGAGGCUUCUUGCCAAAGCGUGUACGUGCCAUUCUCAAUUGUCAUGUCUCUGAAUCCGUCUCCAAUGGAUGUUGACAGUUUCAAGUGUUGUGGAAACAAAAAGUACAGAAGAGGGUCGAGGAAAAGAAAGCUUCUUGUCAAUGAGAGAGUCGAGGUGAAGAGUGUGGAAGAGGGUUUUCUGGGUUCAUGGCACCCGGGGACGGUGAUCCGUUGUGAGAAGCAGAAGCGUCAUGUCAAGUAUGACAACAUUCUGGAUGAUGAUGGAUUAGAAUAUCUUGUGGAUGUGGUGUUUGUUUCACCUGUUUUGGACGGUGUUUGUUCUUCUUCGGAUUCUGGCAAUGAACGUGGAUACAUUAGACCACUGCCUCCUCCUCUUGAGUUUGGGGAGAAGGACCUUCAAUUUGGUCGCUGUGUUGAUGUGAAUUAUCAAGAAGCCUGGUGGGAAGGUGUUAUAUUUGAUCACUGCAAUGGAAUGGAUGGGAGGAGCGUGUUCUUCCCGGAUUUGGGUGAUGAGAUGAAGGUUGGAACUCAUCAAUUGCGGAUAACUCAGGAUUGGGAUGAAGACACCGAGAAUUGGCAGCCGCGAGGGAAGUGGGUGUUCCUUGAAUUGAUUGAGGAGUGCGAGAGAGAGUCCUUUAUUGCAGUUUCAGUGAAGCAAAUAUGGUAUGAUGUAAGGGCUAGACAGGAUUUUGACAACAUAAAGCACUGGGCUUAUAAUGUUAAGGACUUGUGGAGAGACCUUGUACUGGAGGUGGUUGGUGAUUACUAUGCUCUCACACUAGAAGAAGUUUUCCCUGCCUUAAACCUUCCGGAGGAUUUCUUGAAAGAAACACCAGAACUGAAGUCAGUUGAACCUACUGACAACAUUCAUUGUGAUGCUGGACAUAGCAAUGUAUUUGGUUCUGGCAUUGGAGUGUCUAAUAGCCCUAUGGAAAAUGGUGAUGCUUCAAACUUGUUGGAUAGUGAUGAAAAGUGUGGUGGAAUCAUUCCCCUUCAAGAGGGAUGUGAUAAAGAUCCUUCGGUGGAUAGGGCAUCUGAGAAAGGAAUUAUUUUGAAGGAAGAUCCUGUAUCUCCAGUUCAAGAGAUCUUUCCUGACGAUGGUGAAGUAACUCCAGAUGCUAGCUGUAGUGGAAAGAAGAGAAAACGUAGAAGCUCAUCAUCCAUAUGUUGGAAACCUCUGAUACUGACUAAGGUUGAAUUCUGUCCUGAUGUUAUUAAUCAAUAUAUAAUAGGAUAUGGGAGCAAGACUAUAAGGGAACUUUUGAAGACAAAAGUAUGGAAACAUCUUGGAUAUCUUGGAUGGACAAUUGAGUGGGCUGAAAAUAAAUACAUACGUGGGCGAGGAGGACGGUACAGGUACAAGUCACCUGAUGCACAGGACAAGAAGGUUUACACCUCAAUUAUUCAAGUUUUGACACACAUGCAAAUGGGAUCCAGCAUGAACUCUGUGCAGGCCCAAAUUGAUCACAAUAGGAUGCAUUCUACAAAUGACACUAAUCCUUCAACUCUGCUUUCAGAUCAACCCCAAAAUGACCAAGAUAUUCUUGUUUGUCCUUCAAAUGGGGAACCUUCUCAUAUUGAAGUCGUAGAUGAACCGGAAUUUUGUCCUCAAGCUGUUGUGAAAUAUUACUUGAAUUCAUCAGAGAAACGUUGGGUUGAUAAAACAAAAUGGAAACUGAAAGCAAAGAAACAUUUGUUAGCGGAAGGAUGGACCUUUGACUACCCAACUAAGAAAAGAAAGACAACUUUGUACAACUCUCCGCAGGAUCAGUGUUUGGGCACACUUCGUGGUGCAUGCAGACUAUACAUUAAAGAAAAGAUUCCUGAAUGGACUAAUUCUGGCAUGAUAUCUUUGAAUGCCCCAACCAUGAAAGAGGAAAGUGUUGGUGAUGUUGGUAGCGAUGAUCUAUUCCAAAAUUUGUCCCAAUUGCUUCAAAAAGAGCCAGAAUUGCUUACUGCUUCACCAGUAAGUAGAUCAACUGAGAAUAGAAACCAUAAACGGACCAGGAAUGCAAAAGCCAGCAUGCCAAAGCGCCGCAGAAAAGGAUUUCCUACACUGGUCCUAAGAUCAAGCAAAAGGGUGCAGAAGGUGUCUGUCCCUAGUCCGUCACACCAAAGACCUCAAAAUGUUCUGUCUUGGUUAAUAGAUAACAACAUGGUGACACCAAGAUGUAAGGUCUAUUGCGGAGCAGGAGUUGAGAACCCUGUUGUAGUUGAAGGGAGAAUAACUUAUGAUGGAAUCAAGUGUAGCUGUUGUAAGAAAAUAUACGGUCUUGCUGGCUUUUUAAAUCAUGCUGGUGGCAGUAGUGGCUGCAGGCCUUCUGCAAGUAUCUUUUUGAAGGAUGGUAGGUCACUCUUAGAUUGCAUGAUACAAGUAAUGCAUGAUCAUAGAACAAGGGAAGAUAUAAAGAGACCAUGCGUUGAUCUGUGUGAGGGCGAAAAUGACAACAUUUGUUCUGUCUGUCAAUAUGGUGGUGAACUUAUUUUAUGUGACCAAUGUCCAUCUGCAUUUCAUAGGACGUGUCUUGGAUUGGAGGAUAUCCCUGAUGGUGACUGGUUUUGUCCAUCAUGUCGUUGUGGGAUUUGCGGCCAAAUCAAAAUGGAAGGGACUGAGGAUGUACUUUUUCUUACUUGCAUUCAAUGUGAACAUAAAUAUCACGUUGGAUGCCUGAAAAAUAGAGAAAAAGAUGAGUCCAGAAGAUAUAUGGAAAAUUGGCUGUGUGGAAAAGAGUGUGAACAGAUAUAUGCAGGCCUUCAAAGUCUAUUAGGAAAGCCAUUUGUAGUGGGUGUGAACAAUCUAACUUGGACUCUGGUGAAGUUUAUCGACUCUGAGAGUUGCAGUGGUGGUAAUAUUAAGAAUGACUUAUUGGCAGAGAAAUACAGCAAAUUCAGUGUUGCACUUUCUGUGAUGCAUGAGUGUUUUGAGCCCCUAAAGAACCCUUUCUCUAGUAGAGAUAUCAUUGAUGAUGUUAUAUUCAACACUAGGUCAGAACUUAAUCGAUUGAGUUUCCAGGGUUUCUAUACCAUACUUCUGGAGAGAAAUGAAGAAUUGAUUAGUGUCGCAACUAUUAGGGUAUUUGGACAUAAAGUAGCAGAGGUACCUCUUGUAGGUACCAGAUUACAAUAUCGUCGACUUGGAAUGUGUCGGAUUUUAAUGAAUGAGCUUGAGAAGAAGCUCAUGCAGCUGGGAGUGGAGAGACUAGUCUUGCCUGCUGUUCCCGGUGUGCUAGAAACAUGGACAAAUUCUUUUGGCUUUGCAGAGAUGACAAAUUUUGAGAGGUCACAGUUCUUGGAUUAUGCUUUCCUAGAUUUUCAGGAAACCGUCAUGUGCCAGAAGUUCCUGACAAGGAUUCCGUCUCCCGAGUCAGGUUUAACAAGAGACACACAUUCCAAACCACCAGAAGUUCUCACUCUUAAAUGUAGAAUUGAGUUUGACAAGUCAAGUUCAGCAUCUGAAGUGGACCAAGCUGAAGAGAUUGACAAAAGUGGGAUGAAUCUGCAAGUGAUGGAGUAUGCUUCACCUUUGCCUAAUUCCUAACCCAAUCUGAUAUUUUGAGACAGAUAGAAUCUAAUGACAAGUUGACAUUGUGGAGUAUUGAUCUGGGAAAGGAAACAAGACUAAAUAAAAUUGAGAAACAAACUCAAAUUUCGAAUUUUGUUUUUUUAUUUGUUAUCAUAAGUUAGAAGUGUAGAGUACAGUGUAAAAUUAUGAUGU